GGAGAGAAUAAGGCUGUAAUGUAACAAAAUGUGGAAAAAGUCAAGCGGUCUGAAUACUUUGAAUGCACUGUAUGGAUUUUUAAUGGUAUUGUUUUCUCUUUAUUCAACCCACCCGCCACACACCCGCCAUUCAGCCACACCAUAUUUAAUGACCUUAUACCUGCCCUCCCCGCGGAUAUAACCACGGGGACUGCAAGUUAUAAUUCAACCCGCAUAUUGCUACUUCACAUUGCUACUUCACAUUGCUACUUAAGAAUAAUUUAGCUAGUACACCAUUGAAAUGUAAAUUGAAAUUUUAACUUCUAAUUUCCACCACAAAGAUGUCACGUUCUUCAAAAUGAGCGACCAAGGUGCAUUGAGUUCCACGUCUUUUUAAUACAAAGUGAAACUAGAACCAAAACUUACAAAGAACGUGAAGUUGAAGUGCCCUAACACAAACAAUAUCCCACAAAUGCAGUUGGGUAAAAAUCCUACCUAAAUAUGAUCCCCAAUUAGAGGCAACGAUUACCAGCUGCCUCUAAUUGGGAACCACACAAACCACCAAUCUAGAAAUCUAAAAACAAAAUAACCCCCCCAGUCACGCUCUGACCUAAACAACAUAGAGAACCGAGGGCUCUCUAUGGUCAGGGCGUGACAAAAGAUGACCACAGGUCCACACACCGUUGAAUGUCAACUUAAAAUGGUCAUGUUGUCUAUUCUAUUGUCUAUUUCUUAUGAUUUCAAUAGGUUUCCUGUGGAGGAUUGACAGUAUAAUUUAAAACCACAGAUUUUCCAUUUCAAGUCAACAUUAUCUGAUAUGUACACCUCCAAUAAUCUUUCUGGUAAGAAAGUAGACAUUUCAAUUGUAUUCCCAUUUUAGUACAUUUAUCAGCCAAAACAUGACACCCACUCUGUAUUCUAAAACAUGUUGUGUCUCAACAGAUAGCGGGCAACUUUAUAUGAUCUAAAAUCUAACAUUUUUUAUAAUUGUCGUAAAAAAUGUUAACCCUUUACACUCGUACCUGUAUACAUGUUAAAAAUGGCAGAUUUGGGCAAGCAUAAAUUGGAACGCAGUGGCUGUACAGUAAGAUGCUGUACAUGUUGUCAGACCUUAGGCUCUGUGCUUCACAGCGCUGUAUGGGUUUUGACUGACAGACGUUCUCAACUUGAGCCCCGCGCGCGACACGAAGUUGCCCCCAUCCUUCCCGCUAAUUGGGCAACUUUUGUAAAUGUUCUGUUGACUGAGUGAGAAAAAUGCUGUUAAGUAAGAGGACUCAAUGUACAAUAUCUUGAAAUAUGAGACGUUGAGGAUUAUAAUAAAUGCUGCUUUGAUGUCAUACAAGCAAGCCAAACACCUGUCCAAAUGUGCACUUCACAUUUUCUUAUCAUAAAACUCAUAUCAUAUACAGUGUCAACGUUUAUGAUCACUGUUUGUACAGUUACAAUAUGACAUGGCAUCCUACCCUGAACAGAAUAAGCCUGUUUGUCCACUGUGAAUUUAUUUUGCUGUUGCACAGGCACGUGCAUGUAUUCAUGAAUCCUUUUCUAUGUGCACCAAAAUUACAAUCGGUUUCCUGAACUGCAAAAAGUGAAAAGCCUGACACUGUAAUAUCAUAUUUUAUAACUUAGCUAGUCUUGUUGGCAAUAGAACAAGCUUUCAAAUCAUGCACACCUGGCUCAGAUUGCAAUUGAUAAAAAUCGCUACAGGUGGCUAUAUCGGUCAGGACUAGUAAAGGCCCAAAUUGUGAUUUUUCUUUUUUUUUAAUUCAAAAUGUCUUGAUUUUUUAUUAUUAUGAUUUUUUAUUUAUUAUGAUACUUCAGGGGGUGCGCAGCACCCCUACUUCCCGCGGCUAUGGGAAAAACCAAUGGCGAUGAGGCAUUUAUAGCACACUUCAGACAACCACGGCCAAUAUGACUGUACAGCAAAUGUUGCAAUGGUAAAAUGUUUGAUACAAUUUUCGCCUGACAUUUUCACUCUAAUUCCUGCCUAAUAUGUUGUAUUUUUAUUACCAAUUUAGAUAUUUUGAAUAAUGUGAAAGGCAUUUUGCACUGAUUCAUACAGUAUAAUGGUUUAAAAACUGCAUUUGUAUAGUAUUACCGUUAUAGCCACAUACUCUACACUCCCAUUAAACAACUCUAAAUCGCUUUGGCACAGUCAUUACUUGCCAAUAAUGUUGCAUAAACGUUUGAAAGGUCUAUCAUUUUUACUGAACACAAUUAAAUGCUUUCAAUUGCCCACUUAUAGGCAUGACCCAUUUUUAGGUAACUUUAUUAACAAUGUGACAUUCUGCUUGAAAUAACAUGUAGGUUAAUGAAAUAAUCUAAAGAAAAAUGUGAUAAUUUAUUAGCCUAGUGGUAGGCAUAUAUCAUGUGAAUUAGGCCUCAUGUAAAAUCAUUGUCAAAAGCGCAAGAGGUACUGUUGCAUGUAGGUCUAGAUUAUUUAUGGGUUGAUCAUAUACAAAUAUCAAAACAUUCUUUCAACUCCAAAGCAAUUGCCUGUCUAUGGUGCCGGAUCCACUGACUCACUGCCCUUUUCUAUAUCAAGACACCCGCUGGUAACUCUUAUCUGGUUGGGACAGUUCAUGACGUGUCCUGAACAUCUGUCGUCUAGGUGUGAUCCUUGCGACUAAAGAUGCUUCUUGCAUAGCUUUUUUAUUGUCUCUAUGCUCAGCAUUUAUGGACAAUUGUCUACCCUGAGAUGCUUUGUGGAUACGACCCCAACUCUCAGAAUCUCGAAGAGGUCGUUGCCCUGAUCAGUGAGAUGCACGCCAUCCCUAAGGUACUGCCCAGGGAUACAGUACUUUAUGGCAGAGUGGCAGAUUGUGGGCAUGCGCCUGUCACAGAGAAAUGCAAACACCAGCUGGUUGACAGAGCGCUGUGCCAUCUCUACGCGCUUGUUGAUGUUCCCCAUCCCACUGAAACAUCCAACUCCUCCACUGUGGGAUGUCAGAGUAGGUCACCGUUGUCAGAUAUCCAGAUGACUACCUCCAAAUCAGCUCACAUCUGACGCAACAGGGCUGUCUCCUUUGUGUGUCCCACGUCGCUUCCACCGAUGUGGAUGACUAUGAUGCAUUCACAGUCACACCUCGCCUUGGUGAGAGAGAAUCAUUCAGAACCCUUCCAUUGCGGACAGCUCAUCCAUUUUUUGCUCUCCUGUAGUCAUCUAGCCACAUUGUGUAAUCGCAUAGUAAAUAUUUGCUUCAGUCUUUGUUUCCUUGCUCUCACCAAUUUGCUUUGAGCAAUGAUCAGUAGGAUAAUGAGCUGGGAUCUUAUCAAUAAAUAAAAUGCACAACAUUGUGAGGGUUCACAAGGAGAGCAUCUGUUAAGCUGUAUGAUAAUGUUGAAUAAUCACUUUCUGGUGAAAUUAAAAACAAAAAAUGACGUUUUAAGUGAGAGUAGGCAUUGGUCUGAAGCCGAAAAAGAAAUGAAAUUCACAUGAGCACCACAAUGCCUAUUCCACCCAUGCUCUACCAAGGUUUUCCAGCACACAGCUUUGACCUACUACAGUAGCUAUGUUGGUAUUGUACUUCAAACUGUGUAGGCAGGUUGCUUAGGAUUCAAACCUUCUCAAACAGCCGAAUUCAUCCUCUUCAGGGUGAUAAUGGACUGUACAGUGUAUUAUCGUUGCAUAACCAUCUUUACUGCAAAAAUAAAUAUAAGUACAAACAACCUUAAGCGACAUCUUAUUUUGACAUUUUGACAUCGGUAAUGAACUGUCCAUUGAUCAGCACAGCAAUUGAUAAAACAGGACCCUGUUUGAAACACAAGUGGUUCUGAGUCAAUAUUACGUAUUAAGCCAACAGUUACAGAAAUGAAGAAUGCAGACCACCACCUGUUGGGCACAUACUGACUAAAAAAGGAUGUUAUUUUUUCAAUGACAUGUAUUGCUAAAAUAAAGGUUUAAGAAAAUACAGGGAGGCACCACAUUGCUGCAAGACAAAACAGUUCAAUCAAGCCUGAUGGUCAGGUAAGUAUAAAAGCAGAGCUUGCUUAAAUUUAAAAAAAAAUGAAAGCAUGAAAAGGUAGCGUAAUGGUAUAAUGUCUUACUGUGGUGGGUGAAUAAUCCAAUGCUUUACCUUGUAUGCGGUACAAACCACAUUAUUGUGGAAGCACCUAUUCUCACUUAAAACAUAUUUUUUUAUUUUUAAUCUCUUGAAUGUUUUGGCAUUAAGGUCCAAAAACUGUAGCACUUCUGCAAUGGGUAAAUAUGUAUGGAAUGUUCUGUUCAAAUUAAUAGGGGUUCUGUCACAAAGUGAUUGAAUUUAAAUGGAUUUACCCAAUAGCUCUGUGUGUUCAUCUCAUGCUUUCUUGCAUAAGCAAGUAUUUUAAAAGCCUUGUCACUCACUCUUUCAGGUGUGCAACUCUUAUAACAAAGGCACUAGGCCAUAUGGCAACUGCCCGGAUCAGGAGGGGUGCAGGAGACUUCACGUGUGUGACAGGUACAUCAGAGGAACCUGUUCCUCGGGAGCCGACUGCAACAGGUGUCAUGACUUCUUUGAGCCCCACCCACUGAGGACCCUGCAGCAGAGGGGAGUGCCAAACGAUCUAAUGGCGUCCAUGUUGUCCACCUACCAGAACAUCCAGGCCAUGAAAAGUGAAGGUGCCGGCGGUGCUGCUUCUAUCAACAGGCCCCAGAGCUGUCCUCAGAGAAACACAGUGAGGAAUGAGAUCUGCCUGUUCUUUGUCAAGGAGGACUGCAAACAAGGAGAGAAAUGCUCGAGAGUCCACUUCAAAAUGCCCUACAAGUGGGAAGUGAACAGUGGACAGACUUGGUCAGCUCUGCCAGAAAACGAAACAAUCGAGAGAGACUUCUGUGACCCUUCUAAGAUACACAGUGAGGGAGCUGAGCGUGUGCGUUUCGACUCCAUGAGCCGCGGGUUGUGGGAUGUUCGUCGUCUCUCCACAGUUUCCUCUGUGACCAAGCCCACAUACGUACUCACCACAGAGUGGGUGUGGUUCUGGGAGGACGAGUACGGCAAAUGGAUCCAGUACGCAUCCAUCAAAGAGAUGCACAGAUUGUCGUCCAUCACCAGUGAAGACCUUGAGAAAAGGUUCCAGGAGGAUCAAAGUGCUGUGGUGAAGUUCACUGCAGGCCAGCAGUCUUAUGAGCUGAGUUUCAGAGACAUGACUCAAUUUAACGAAAGAUUUGGUACUAUAAGGAUGGUCAGACGGCGUCCAGUCUUUGUUUCAACUGUGGACGCACAAGCUGCAAGAAGCAGGAGAAAUGGAGCACGCAACCCCUCUCAGAAUUUCAGAGCUGUUCCUGGAUCUUGGGACAAGUCUGCGAUACCUGACAUUGGAUACAAGACAGUCACUCUUCUGAGUUCUGACAGGGACUAUCAGAAGGUCCAGAGACUUUUCAACAACACCAUGAGGGGCUUCCAAAUCACCAGCAUCGAGAGGGUCCAAAACAGGGACCUCUGGGAAGUCUUCCAGUGGAAAAGAGAUUUGAUGAAGAAAAACAACGGGGGUAAAAACAGCAAGGAGCUACAUCUCUUCCACGGAACGGACCCAAAACACGUAGACGCCAUUUGCAGAGAUAACUUCGACUGGAGGCUGUGUGGAACCAAUGGAACUACGUAUGGCGAAGGGAGUUACUUUGCCAGGGAUGCCAAGUACUCACACUGCUUCACCAGCCACUCAGGAGUGAGGUCCAUGUUUGUUUGUCAGGUGCUUGUUGGUGACUACACAAGGGGUAAUUCGGCGCUCCGUCGUCCCCCUCCAAAAGGUGAGGGAAGCCCCACUCUCUAUGACAGCUGUGUGGACAAUGUCCUGAACCCAUCCAUAUAUGUGGUUUUUGAAAAGCACCAGGUGUACCCCGAGUUCCUCAUCAGAUAUGAUGAUGGCGUCAUGCACUGGUCCACAUCGGCUCCAGCUCCACUCAAGACUGUCUCUAUCCAAUCCACUUCCUUAACCCCAAAAUCCAACCGGAUUCAAGCCACAGCCCCAGCCACUACCCCAGCCAGGACACCCUCUCGUACGCUCACUACCCCAGCCAGUACCCCGUCUCACACUCUCACUAGCCCAGCCAGUACACCCUCUCGUACACUCACUACCCCAGCCAGUUCCCCCUCUUGUACGCUCACUACCCCAGCCAGUACCCCCUUUCACACACUCACUACCCCAGCCAGUACCCCCUCUCACACACUCACUACCCCAGCCAGUACACCCUCUCGUACACUCACUACCCCAGCCAGUACCCCCUCUCACACACUCACUACCCCAGCCAGUACACCCUCUCGUACACUCACUACCCCAGCCAGUACCCCCUCUCACACACUCACUACCCCAGCCAAUACACCCUCUCGUACACUCACUGCCCCAGCCAGUACCCCCUCUCGUAAGCUCACUACCCCAGCCAGCACCCCCUCUCGUACCCUCACUACCCCAGCCAGUACCCCCUCUCGUGCGCUCACUACCCCAGCCAGCACCCCCUCUUAUACAUUCACUACCCCAGCCAGCACCCCCUCUUAUACAUUCACUACCCCAGCCAGCACCCCCUCUUAUACAUUCACUACCCCAGCCAGUACCCCCUCGUAUACAUUCACUACCCCAGCCAGCACCCCCUCUUAUACAUUCACUACCCCAGCCAGCACCCCCUCUUAUACAUUCACUACUCCAGCCAGUACACCCUCUCCUACACUCACGACCCCAGCCAGCACAGCCUCUCGUAGACUCGCUCCCCCAGCCAGCACCACCUCUCGUAGACUGGCUCUCCAACCCCCCACCCCUUCUCCUACACUCACUCUCUCAGCCAGCACCCUGUCUCCUGCACUUUCCCCUUUAACUGGCCCCCUAUCUCUGGCUCACACCCGCUCAACAACCACUACUCACACACUCCCUGCCAGCAGUACCUCUCACUCACUAUCCCCUUCAUCCUCAUUGAGCACACCUUAUCACACACUUUCUCACUCAUCAUACUCCCCAACUUACACACAAACUCUCUCACACACUUCCCCCUCCACGUCAAGCAAUUCUCCAAGCACACUCUCCCCCUCAGCAAGCAACCUAUCUCGGGUGUUCUCUCCCUCGACAGGUGCCUUCUAUCGUCCACUAUCUACCACAACAAGCACCACUAGAUCUCCUCCUGAGUCACUGUACAGUGUUCCAACAGCUCAAAGGAGGGACAGCAAAGAAAAGAACAAAUGCCUUCUGCAAUAAUUUGCCUUUGUCAGGAUGGAGCAGUAAGUAGAAUGUUUUGAUGGCAAACAUCUAAAAAAGAAAAGAAAAUGAGAAAGAAAAUGUAUUAAAAUGAUGAAUGAUCACUUCAUUUGCGUAUCAAAAAUGUAGUAUAGCUGUGUAUCUUUACCUGUAAGGGCUAAAUAACAGUAAAGCUGUUAACAACAAACCAGACAUUUGUAAUUUUGCACAAAUAUGAAUUUGGUGAGCAUGUUUCCUUUACACAGGUCUGCUGACACAGUCCAUACAUUUUGUAAAUGAAACCAGUUUGAUGUCUGUGUUUUAAACUGAAUAAACUCAGAAAAUCAUU